GUGACCUGAUUACAAUUUACGAUUACUGAUUGCUCUAAUAUUACUAUAAAAGUGUAAUGUUAUUUAAAUGCUUGAGAAAAGACGCAUUUUCUAAGUUUUUAACAUCGUUUAAGUAUGAUUCAACUUGACUUUGAGAAAAUAGUAACUUAAAAAGUGUGUGACAAGAAAAAUAUGAAAAAUAGACUCUAUUUUCCAAAUAUACCAUUUUUUACGUUCCUGACCUGGGCCAAAUUGUUGUCCAUGUUUGUUUUCAACAAAAAUAAUACGCCAAUUUUGCUUUAAAUUUUUGUUUCCGGAGGAAAACUCACUGCGAUAUGGUUUUGUUUAUUAGAACUUUUUUGGACUACUUUUUAACGUGUUGGGUCGUGCUGAAUUUACAUAAAGGUACUUUCGUUGGUGGAGCGGUAUUACAGAAUGAAUCAACAGUUAUACAAUGUGAAUAUUAUAAUAGUACUUGUAAGGAAAAAAAUGGAUGUCAAGAUGUAGAAAUAUGUCACAUUGAUGAUCAAAAACACCAUUGUUAUGUCCUUUGGUCUGUUGGAGAAAAUGGAACUUUCACUGUUAAACUAAAGGGAUGCUUUUUAAACGGAGUAGACUGUGUAAACCAGACAAGAUGUGUUGACACUACUCUAGUUCCGAAAAAUAGUUUACUUUUUUGCUGUUGCGAAAGGAAUAUGUGUAAUAGUGAUUUUUCGUGGGAGCCCAAACCUACUGAAGCUGCUCCUCCCAGUACAUCGAUUCCGAUCCGAGAAGCAGCUGGCUAUAACUUUUACCACAGUAUUUGGAUAGGUUUAGCUGUUGGAAUCUUAGCAUUAUCUUUAGGAGCUGCUUAUUAUUGGACAAGAAGAAAUAAACACUAUUUUCAUGGGUGGGGUGUAAGUGGCUAUUAUCUUUUUAAGUUACCAACAUCUGAACCACACCCGUUGCCCCCUUCAACGCCCAUUUUAGAUAAUAGACCCAUAAACCUCAUUGAAAUAAAAGCCAGGGGACGUUUCGGAGCUGUUUGGAAAGCUCAGUUUAAAGGUGAAGAUGUAGCUGUCAAAAUAUUUCCCAUACAAGAUAAGCAGUCAUGGUUAACUGAACAGGAUAUAUUCAAACUACCUCAUAUGGAUCACCCUAAUAUUUUGCAAUAUAUUGGUGUUGAAAAACAUGGCGAUAAUCUGCAAACGGAAUUUUGGUUGAUUACUGCUUAUCACGAAAGAGGCUCACUAUGUGAUUUCCUUAAGGCUCAUACACUGACUUGGAGUGAAUUGUGCAGGGUUGCAGAAACAAUGUCAAAAGGUUUGAUGAGACUACAUGAAGCUAUACCAGGUAGGAUUCCAGGCGAAGUAUCCAAACCAGCCAUCGCUCAUAGAGAUUUUAAAAGUAAAAACGUUCUAUUGAAAAGUGAUCUCACCGCGUGUAUUGCCGAUUUCGGCUUGGCAAUUACAUUUGAAGCAGGAAAAUCUUGUGGAGAUACUCACGGACAAGUUGGUACUAGAAGGUAUAUGGCUCCCGAAGUACUUGAAGGUGCAAUAAAUUUUACUCAAGACGCUUUCCUGAGGAUCGACAUGUACGCUUGUGGUCUUGUUUUGUGGGAGUUAGUAUCUCGUUGCACAGCUCAAGAUGGUCCUAUUCCAGAAUAUAGGUUACCGUUCGAAGAAGAAGUCGGUCAACAUCCUUCUUUGGAAGAUAUGCAGGAAUCUGUUGUUCAACAGAAAGUUAGACCUCUAAUACAGGAACAUUGGAAACACCAUCCGGGAUUAUCAGUAAUUUGCGAUACUAUGGAAGAAUGCUGGGAUCACGAUGCUGAAGCCAGAUUAUCGGCGUCAUGUGUAAUGGAAAGAAUUAUCUCACAAGCUAAAUACCAACAGCAAUCUAUGGGAUGGAGAAUUGAAAAUGAGGCUCCUUUGAAUAUUUUAAAGGAAAACAGUAUGUAGGGAAAAAAUAGGAUUCGGGAUUAUGCGAAUGAACCGUACCUGCAUAACUAAAGUACCUGCGCCUGCAGCCUGUUACCACACUUGCCUACAUUAACAUAGCCUAAUUUAAAUAGCCUACUACACUACAGUAUUGUCCAAAAAGAAACAUAGUCAAUAAUAUUCAGCGAAAAUUGUAUACGUUUUUUAAUAGUCGAGUUUCCUUCUACACCUUGACUAAGUUUCUUUUUUAUUACUAUUAUUAUUAUUAACUAUUUAUAAGUAAUUCAAGUUAUGGCAUGUUCCGUGUUUUUUAGGAUUAUUUUACCAAUACAUAUAUUUGGUCAGGAUGAUUAUAGAUCAGAAAUAAUUACUGACAAAGACGAUUCAUUUCGAUAUUGACAAAGCACGUUGCUUAAACUUGAAACUGAAGAGGCCAUCAUAUAAACCUGAUGGCAAUUUUUUUCACAAAUAGUAAGAAACUAAACAUUGAAAUCAACAUACGAGGAUAUAUUGAAAAAUUCUUAGCCUACUAUUGAACCGAACAAAAUUUCAAUGUCAAAAUAUUUUAUUACUCAUAUAUUCUCCUCUUAAUUGGAUACAUUUAUUACAUCGAACCUGCAACGUCUCUAGAGCUUUCAAAAAUAAUGUUUCUUCUUGCUCUGCAAACCAGACCUACACAGCUUUUAUUACCUCCUUGUUGGAAGAAAAUUUACUACCUUUUAAACUUAUUUUCAGUUGAGGAAAAAGAUGAUAGUUGGACGGAGCCAAAUCUGGUGAAUAAGGGAGGUGUUCUAGUAAUUCAAACCCUAAAUCACGAAUUUUUUGCAAGGCAACAUGAGAUUUGUCUGCAGGGGCGUUGUCCUGCAAAAACAAAACACCUUUGGAUAGCUUUCCGCGUCUUUUCUCUUUUUAAUUUUCCCGUAGAGUGGUCAGUAAUGUCGAAUAGUAAUCUCCAGUUAUUGUUCUACCCUUAUACAAAAAAUCAAUCAUGAUUACUCCAUGACAAUCCCAAAAAACUGAAGCAUAGAAGGUUUCCAGCAGAUUUUUGGACACGAAACUUCUUAGGUCUUGGAAAACCAGAGUGUUGCCAUUCCAUCGAUUGUUGCUUUGUUUCUGAAUCGUAGAAAUGUACCCAAGUCUCAUCUAUAGUAACAAUUCGGUUUAAGAAGUCUACAUCGUUUUCAAAUCGAACACAGAUCGAACGCGAUGGUUCUACCCUUGCACGAAAAUUUACCUCUUUUGAAGCUUGCAGUCCAAUUUUUCACGGUCGCAUACGAAGGACAUUGAUCACCAAGGGUAUUAAGCAUAUCUUCGUAAAUCUGCUUGUCUCUUAACCCUUUUAAACACAAGUACUUGAUGAUGGCUCGCUACUCCAAUUUUUCAAUUUUCACAAUUUCGGUGAACAUCUAUUUUCUCUUAAUUUAUUGCGUAACUCUGGUUUACUUUUUUGACGUCAAACUUUACACUGACACUUCUAAUAAGUUAUUGUUCGUUGCUAUGGUAACCCAAUAUUUUGUUUAUGCAUGGAACUGAUCUAGGCUAAAUAGAUAUCAAUACAUCCUGGUAAACAUGAGCUGUAUUUUGACAUAGAAUGUCAUUUUACCCUUUACUGGUUCAAUGUAGGCAGCUAAAAUAAUGUUGCAUCGAUUAAAAUUAAAAAAACUACUUUAUUCCUCUCCAAUAAGUUGUGUGUCAAGUCUUAAAAGUUCCUAACAUUAAAAUUUUUUUGUAAAAAUCCGGUUAAUCUUAUAGCAAUAAUAUUUACUGCCUCAAAGCUCAGUUGUCUGGAAUAUUGACCUUGCAGAGUUGAUCUUUUCGUGAAAAUAAAAAUUUUUUGGAAAGUCACAUACUCAUAAUACAAUUCAUUAACGAGCGUUUUCGAUAGAUGGUGGAAACCAAACCACGGAAGUUGACUUUGGUUCUAACUCCUUACUGAAUUGUUCAGACUAGAUCAUUUGAGAUAGAGAAAUACAAACUAAAUUCAAAGCGGGAUAACCUAUUUGGAAAUUUCUUUUCAAGUAUCAUUGGCAUCAAUUACUAAGCUUAUUUAGCUUCUGUCGUUGUUUAUAAUUUUUGAUGAAAUAACAAUUUGUAAAAAUGUAGAUAAAUACAUGAAGCAAAUUUUCAGUAUCAGUUUAUCAGUAAUAAUAUGUGUGUCUGGAUAUUUGUGGAUAAUGUAAUUCAACACUGGAACAUCUAACAUUGAAUUGCUCUUCUCAUGUGCCAAUAGAAGAAAAACAGACUUUUGAUUUGUUUAUAUACAGAUUUUUAUACAGAAUUGUUAUACCAGAAAUUUUUUAAUUUUUAACUUGUGUGGUGACAUUGAGAAUUUUAAAUUGUGGUGUAAAACAAAACUUUUGUUAUGUGUAAACCUUUAAUGUUAUUGUAUAUCUUUAUCUUCCAAUUUAUUUGGUUUUAAUUUUUAUAUGAAGAGGCAGCUUCAGAAUUAACAGAUCGACAGAUCUCCAAGAAGUAGAAGAAGAAGAAGAUUAUUAUAAAGUCAAUGUUGUUUUUUAGUGACUAAAAUGAAUAUAUUUUUUCAGGGACUUCCAUGUUCAUUUCCCAUUUUCGGUUUUCUUUAUUCUUUGCUUAUGCAACGAUUUUUUUAAAUGGGAAUAAUUAUUGUUUUCGAUAAAAGAAGGGAUAUUUACGGUUCCCAUAUUUGAUUUACAUGGAAAAAACAUUCUAUAAUUUGAUUUGUUUUAUUAUCAAAUUGAAAAAACUCAAUUUUGAAAUGAAAAAUAUAUGGCUUGUUCCACUUGAAUAUAUUUUACAUAUUCACUGAAAAAUCACAUCAACAAAAGAAUAUUGUCGUUUUUUCCUAAUUUAUUUGUAUUAGUUUUUUAUUAUUAUUAUAUUCAACAUUGUGAAAUUGAAGUUUUAAAAAUUAGAAAAUGUAAACCAAGCCAAUAGCACUAUUUUCCGAAUUUACACAUAUGAUCAAACCUACAUUUUUCUAUUCAAUUUUAAUAUAAGCAAAACUGUAUAUUUGAACAAUUUUUUUUUAUUUCAUAAAUUAGGUGCUUCUUAAAUCAUUAGAGAAAAUCUAAGAGGUGAUUGUCCAAAUGAAAUUAUAAUCAAUCUAACAUACAGCACUCCUUUCUUCGCUCAAAUUUUAAGAAAUUGAUAGACCCUUAACUUAUUGUAAUGUUUGUUAUAUUAAUUUAUUUAUACUAUUUCUAACGGUAGGAUGAAUUUAUACACACUAUCUCUUACUUAAUUUAAGUAUAUACUCACACUAGACACUAUUUAUAAUAACUACUACUACAUUAUAAUUAAUUGUUCACUACUUGUAUCAUUUAUUGAAAUUCACUAGUUACUAUUUACUAUUUCGUUCACUAUGACAUUCAGUUAUCUUCUCGCUGCUAAACAAGCACAUGUAUAUAUCAGAAAGGAAUUUUUCGGAUAAUUCUAGAAAGUAAACAAUUAAUCAAAAUAAAUAAAAAGGCUUUCUAGAAAUUGGUUCAAAAAAACAAUAUAAACAAAUCGCCGUUGUGAUAAAAUUAUGUAGAAAGACAAUAUUAAACGGUUUCUGCCUCACUUCCACGAAAUCAGCACCCGACGCGUCCAUCACAUUUUCUAGUAUAUUGAAAUAAUCAAUCAGGAGCGGCUUCACGACUCAUGCUGUGGACGAAUUCGUAAUAUUAUUUAGUAACAAACCUUUUUUUUUUUCGAGAUUUAAUUUUGUAAAACAUAAACAUUGCUCAAAUUCCUUUUUUAUGUUAAAAUAUUUCUUAAUUUUUAAGUUUUUUUCUGCAUUCAAUGGAAGUGGUGGAAAGAAAUUUAACAAAGAAUGCAAAUCUUAAUAUUAUAUUCCUUUUUUUUUCUUUUCUCGUCGAAAAUUUGAUAAAGACUUGAUUUAAAAUAAAAAGGAAGUAAUUUUUUGUUCUUCAGGCCACAACUCACCGAAAUAUUUCUCCAAAUAAGUAGUGAAUAGUUUUAAUUCAGUUAAUUGGCAUCCACUAUUUUAUUUAAUAACUUUUUCAAAGAUUAAAGUCUAUAUAAUAAAAAUAAACAAAUACUUGCUUGCUAAUCUCACCCUCUUAUAUUGUAACAGGAAUAUUUGAAAAAAUACAGGUGGUCUUUUGCACUUACACGGAAAUUGAAAAAUUUCGAAUUUCUAUCUUUAAUUAUAUUUGACAAAAAAUAUUAAAUACAAUUUAGUCGCCACUCUUUAGUAGUGAUAAAUAGGAAAGGCGUAGGCUGUGAAAAUUUUCUUAUAUCAAAGAUCCACUAUAAUUUCAUAUGGUCAAUCACAUCAUGAAUUUUGGUAUAACAGAAUUACUUAUACGUGAAGCGUUUAAUUUUUCAAAGACAAAUAAAAAUUUUUUUAUUUUUUCCAAAAAUCUUCAACUGUUAUCCCAAAAGUUUUAAAACCUAAAAAAAUGAGUUUUGCCAUUUUAUUCAACAUCUCUCGUCAUUAUUUGAUUAAAAUCUUCAAACAAUGCAAAAAAUUUAGCGUUCAUUUGAAACAUAUUUCAUUAUUUUUAUUCCAGAUUCAGUACAGAGAGAUGGUAAUUGUAAAAAUUAUAGUUUCCCCCUCUUAUAGAACCUAACCUAACCUAACUUUCCAAAGGUAUUAGUAGUAGUUCCAUUUACCUAAACCUAUUUCAUGAAUAUUAAACAUCAAUAAAUACAACUUUUUAAAUAAACUUUGUUUAAAAAAAAGUUUUACGUUUGGUUUAGUGAAAAGAGUAUUAAUAUAAGUGCUAUUGGCAUCUAUUAUUGUAACAAGUAGUAAUCCAUGAUUACAUCCUUUAAUGUAAAAGUUUUAUAGUGGAACUUUUUAAUAGGGUAAACAGAUAUUGAUAAAACAACUUCGUUGUACUCAAAGUCUUAUUCAAUAUAAUACAUAGCGCCGCAAAUUUAAUGCAUAAUUCUAAAAAAUUACCUUGAAUAUUUUGAACAAGUACUUUAAUAAUAUUUGAAAUAAAUAUUUUACUAACUGUAUAUCGACUCGCCUUCUCUAAUUAUUGCAGAUUUUCGAAGUACAUUUGAUAUCAGGUUUCCCAUUGCAUCUUCAUCCAUCUAAAUUCAUAUUUCUGCCAGUUUUAUUGGAAGUUCAUUCAGACUUCUAGGCUCUAAUCAUAGAAGUCCUAUCGCCAUACAACUGCUAAAUCCGACUCAAGAUAGAAUUGCCAUUUUUACUUAAUGGAGAUAAGUUUGUACUAUUCCAGUCAGAUGCGGGCUUUCAUUAUUAAAAAUUAAAAAUACAAAAAGUGCAUAUAAGGUUCUAAAACCUUUUGUUAUGUAUUGAGUAACUGUAAAACGAUCUCACAUAACACUUCAUCCACUACUAAACACUUGUUGUUUCGGCACUGGGUGUAUUGCUCUCCACUAUGUCAAAACAUUCUUCUACAGCUGUCGUCAUUAAAUUGGAGAAAUUGGAGAAACCGCCUUUGAUGGGCAAGGUUUGAAACGAAAGUAACUUUGACUUCAACCAGUCUUCUAGCAUUAUCUUGGCUAAUGCAGUAAUUACAGCUACGGGAAAGAGACUUUGUAAUAUUCGAAUUCACAAUAAUCUUGGUCUCUCUUUGGUAGCCUCAUCCACGACUUCUUUCAUUACUAGCCUUCUCCUAAAAUCGCACCAGUGCUCUAAAGACAGUAGAUCGUGUUAUUCUACAUCGAAAUGAUAUCUGACUUUGUGACAAAUGACAAUAGCAGUAAAUUUCUCGGUCUUUUGACACUAACGUUUCAAACCAUUUUAACUAACGAAACCUGUUUAUUCCCAAAUUCAAAAUAAACUGACUACCCAAAUAAUAAAAUGGAAUUCUUGUGCAAUGGAUUUGUAUACAAUUUUAUCAACAUUCUAUUUUAAUUGUACCCAGCACAAAACAUGGGAAAUAUAUGGUAGAAAUAUCUUUAUAUCAUCGUCUUCGGUUUAAGAAUUUUAUAUGGUCAAUUUUUCAAUUUCAAAAAAUAUGCGUUAACUUUACGGCGUAAUGAAACAGAAAUAUUAGUAGAAAAAUUUCGUAUAAAAUAUGUGUGUGUGUGUGUGUGUGUCAUAGAAAAUCUAUUUUGUGCACUUUUAAUGAAUUUUUCUCUUUGAGAUUAUAUUUGUGCAAUUAAAUGUUAAGUUUGGUGAAAAAUACAAAAAAAAACAAUUAUAUAUUUUUAAUAACAGUAUCUGUUUAGAGGAGAAAAACCUUAGAAAGAUGAAAAUUGUACAGUUUUUCUAUGUGUUAAAGUUAAUCUGGUGAUAUUUUUCUUUAAUCGAAAUAUGUAAUAUUCAUCAGAAAACAAUUCUACUAGAUACUAAUCUUUCAUUCAGGCUGCUAUCAAAAAAAUCAAUUUCAUAUAAUUUUAGCGUGCUGAAAAAUUAUGAUACCUACAGAAAACUAAUUGUAUAUAUAUAGAAAUGUUCUUUGAGACACUUUUAACUUUUAUAAAAAAAGGAAUGAACUCGAAUUUAAUGCAAAGAACUUAUAUUUAUUUGAUACGUAUUUUGGAAUCCGCUGACUAUAUAAAUAUUGUUUCUUGCAUUUUGGAAUCCGCUGGACGUGUGGCAGUGUCGGGGAUCUUUCACAUUUCUAUAUAUUGGUAUGGUACAAAGAGCAUAGGUUUUGCAGAACCAAACAGAGUGGGACUGGUUAAUAUAGAAUUUUAUCAAAAAACUGUAUUGGAGGUAUAUUUACAAGAUGGAGGUUUUUAUUAAUUUGGUAUUUGGAAAAUUUUUUUGUUUUAACGUGAAAGAUCAAGUCCUGUUUACAAUUGAUAUAUAUACCAAAGACCCGGUGUGUAUAAACACCUCUCAUAUUAUUAAUCAUUAUUUAAAGUGGGAAUCUAGUUCCAUUUGAAUACCUUCAUCUAAUUGGAAAGUAAGUACGAAAGGUUCCGGGGUUUACCUACCAUUACUGUUGAUAUGACUUUGUUAUUGAUUGAGACAUAUUUAGUUGAUUGUGUCUAUGACACUUAUAGUAGAUACAAAUCUGGCAAAAUGUAAUACACUGCAUCGAUUGGAGCCAAGUUUAUGGUUGCCCACAUUUUUCAGUGAGCAUAGCAUUAUGAACCGUUCCACAUUUUUGUUCAAAUAAAUUAUUGUAUGUCUGUGAUUAGAUUAAAUUUUAAAUAAUAUUUGUUUGAUUUUUUUGAUUGAGCAGUCUAGUUGUUAAUUUCCGAAUAAUAAUUGAAAAUAAAUACGUAAAAGUAAUUAGGAAAAAUAAAAAUAAAUCUAUCUGAAAUAAAAAAAAAAAAAGAUAAAGACUGAAAUUUGGACAUAUAGGGCGAAACUGCCCAAUCAAUUGAAAGAGUAAUUGGCUUUGAAAUUUAGGUUUAGAAUACGUUAUCAAUUUGAAAAAAAAAAGAUAUAUCUGACGGUACUUCCAAAUUACAGUUUUCGAAGUUGUUAAAUUAAAAAAAAAUAUUUUGUAUUUAAAUUUUUAUUAGUUUUAAGGCAGCUAUUAGACAACAAUCUCGAUUUUUUCAAAAUGUUUUGAAUAUAAAUAAGUAUAUUUUAGAGUAUUCAAUAAGCACAGGAAACCUCAUAUGUAAUUAAAUUGUUUAUGUAUUUUAUUUAGAACAUUAUAAAAAACGAUGAAGUACACCAACUUUCGAUUUAAAUUGUAUUUAAUUCAAACAUACAUUUUAAUACAUAGGGUGGUUCAUUCAAGUCUACUCAGUAAUCUUUAUUUUCAAUGAAAUUACGAAAGUACACUUUGCAUGUCACUUAUUUAGUGUAUGUUUUUUAGAAUAAUUGAUUCCAAAUUCUUGCUCUGUUGGACCUGAAAAUAUUAUUAUAAAACGUUUUUCAAGAAGUCGAGAUCAAUUUUUUGCUCAGAAUUUAUGUAUAGAGGCGUUAAUUGGAGUUUGUUGCAUGCACGAAAUAGAAUAUUCAUAAACAGGGUUCGAAAUGAAAUCAGGGUGUUUUCUUUUUAUCUACAAAUUCCCAUUAUCGUCCGAUAGGUUAAAUAAUAUGUUUUAUCUAUAUGUUUUUAUACUCCAGAUAAGAAAAAAAUAUAGACUUCCCUCAGGUUAUCAAACACCAUCCGAUUCUGUACAUCUUGCCAAUUUUUUUAAAACAAACCAGUUUUUCUUAGUGUUAGUUAUUUUUAUCCUCCUACCGUAUACUACCUCUGUAUUUUAUAUUAUUUAAUGUAAUUUGGUGCUUCUUAACAUAUUGAUACAAAAUAUACAGAUUGUAUACAAAACUAGAUUCAUUGUUUUGUUCAAUAUACUAUUUAAUCCAAUCAAUUGAUCUUUAGAAUGUUGAUUCUUGUUCCAAGUUGCUACUAAUAAAUAAUCGUUUUCUUUCAGUGAAGAUUUAUAAUAAACUGAGCUUGAAGGUUGUAUCAUAUACUUAUUCAGCUGUAAGCAAGGAUGUGUACACCUUUAAAAAAAUUGCAUUAUAUCUCAAAUUUUUGUUUAGUGGCCGAGGAACAUUUUGUCAUUGAGAAAAAAAGAACUGGAUAUGAACUAAUUGCUUUUCUUUAAGACCCAUCUUGCUACCUUUACUCAGCUUUACUCAGCUGUAAGUGAGUUUAAAAAAUUGCAUUAUACCUAUCUGAAAUUGUUGUUUAGCUACAUAUCCAAAUUCCAAAUGUUUCAAUCUUACUAUAAUCAAGGCAUUCUUUUAUAAUUAAUCAUAGAUAAAGAAAAAUAGAGAAUAUAUGGCAAAGUGAUACUUUAAUAUCAUUCUUGGAGCUUUACAAGAAAAAUUUUGGUUAUGAUAAUCUAUUUUUUCCGUAUGUUUGCAUCUGUACUUAAACGUUCACUGAAUUGUUCUUUGAGAUUAUCAAAAAUUUUAUGAUGAAUCGUAUUUUCCACUUCAAGAUGUUCCAUAUUUAGUUAAAUUGUAUUUCAAUUAUCAACUUAAUCCUUGAUAUUUUCCAGUCGAAUUUGGAUAACAAGUUCGUAUUUUAUAAGAUAUUAUCAACAAAUUUUGGUUUGUUACUUGCUCAUUGUUGACGGUUGAAAAAUGUAAUUGGAUUUUAUUUAACUCAACAUUUGCAGAUGUAAGUUUUGUAUACAUUCUUUUAUUUAUAUAUUUUGUUUGUAAGUAUUAUGUAAGUAGGUAAUAAUCUUAUUUUUAAUUAAUAUAACAUAUCACU